AUGGAAGUUAAGGAAAAAGAAGACGAACAACCUCCAGAACCGAGAAAAACAUUUUACCCAAAAGAAGAAGAAGAAGGAGAUAGAAUAAGCUUAUUACCAGAUGGUUUGAUUAUCAACGAAAUCCUUUCUCGUUUAGACUCCACAAAAGACGCCAUCAAAAUAGGUACCCUCUCCAAACGUUGGCAACAUCUUUGGCCUUUUGUUCCUUGUCUUUUUUUCUAUGAUUAUUGUUUCAGAAAGUUCUUGCCUUCAGAUUUUAGUUCUUACCUUAGACCGAUACCCGAUUUCUUUAUGUGUGUUGAUAAAACCCUAACUCAAUGCCAAUCUGAAGAAAUAUUGAAUCUAAAACACAUGAAUUUGAGAGAACUACUCAUCCAGAUUAAUUUGAGAAAAUUGUAUAAUUUAACACAAUCAAACAAGCUCACUAAAUUCAUCGUGCAUUCAAAUUAUGAUAUCCAGUUUGAAUCCCAAGUCAAUAAUUGGAUUCGUUUCGCUACUAAUUGUAAAGUCCAACAACUUCGCUUACAAUUUACAUGUUUAAACAACGAUCAGUUUGUAUUGAAAGACGACUCUUUUUUCAUCAACUCCCAUUUCACCCAUCUUCAUUUAGGAGGUUGCGUAUUCAAUCCUAACCGGCCGAUUUGUUGGAAAAACCUUACCCAUUUAACCAUUUCACAUGGGAAAUUAGACCAUGAUUUGAUUGCAAAUAUACUAUCGGGGAGUCCUUUAUUGGACACUUUGAGGUUGAAUUCUUGUUAUGGUUAUUUGUUGCUCGAUAUUACUUCCAAGAGUGUCAAGAACUUGGUAUUCGAUGGUUAUUCAUUUGAUGGUCUUGAUCGUAUUAUUGAAAUCAAUGCUCCUUAUAUUUCAUCACUAACAAUCAUUGGUGGUUUGUUCUUAUCGAAGAUUUUGCUGCGAAAUGUGUCUUCUUUAGUCAAAGUUGACUUAGAUUAUAUCAAGGUCGGGCGUGAUAUGAUGACACAUGAAGAAGAAAGCGAAGAAAUGCAUAAAAGUUUUAUAGUAAGCCUUCGCCAUGUCAAAGAGCUCAAAGUUGGGGGAAGUUGCUAUACGCUGUGUCCAAUCAAGUGUUGUAUAUCGUAUAUGCUUACUCUGGUUUGGAAGCUAAAGGUUUUCAAUUUUCCAUCUAACGACCUUGUAGAAGUUACUUAUCCUCUUUAUGAUACUAAUUCGAAGGAGCUAAGUGAUUGCUCUGAUAAUGAGUAA